CCAGAAAAUUAGCUUCCGGGCUAGAGGUUUCAGUGCUUUACAAAGCAGAAGUCACUCGAAAGGGAUUUGCUAGGUGUUGUUCGAUGUUGGAAUUUGUGUAAACGCGCUACAUUGAACACUGCUAAUAAUCAAGCAACCUCCAUUGUUGUUGUGUGGACAGUGAGCAGUCGAUCACAGCGAACAAUCCAGCUGUUACCAUGGCAAUCCUGUUUGCCGUGGUGGCCCGUGGAACCACCAUCCUUGCCAAGCAUGCAUGGUGUGGCGGAAACUUCCUCGAAGUGACCGGACAGAUCCUGGCCAAGAUCCCAUCAGAGAAUAGUAAAUUGACCUACAGCCAUGGCAGCUAUCUUUUUCAUUACAUCUGUCAUGACAGAAUCAUUUACCUGUGCAUCACAGAUGAUGACUUUGAAAGGUCACGUGCAUUCAGCUUCCUUAAUGAGACCAAAAGACGCUUCCAGACCACCUAUGGGUCGAGAGCACAAACAGCCCUGCCGUACGCUAUGAACAGCGAGUUCUCAUCAACGCUCGCAGCUCAGAUGAAACACCACUCAGACCCACGGGGAUCAGAUCGCCUUACUGAAACUCAGUUGCAAGUGGAUGACUUGAAGGGUAUUAUGGUCCGCAACAUAGAUUUGGUUGCUCAGAGAGGGGAGAAGCUGGAGUUGUUGAUUGACAAGACUGAAAAUCUGGUUGAUUCUUCCGUCACAUUUAAGACCACAAGUCGUAACCUUGCCAGAGCCAUGUGCAUGAAAAACCUCAAGCUGACUCUUCUUAUCGUGCUGGUGUGCCUGGUGGUCCUGUACAUUAUUGUGUCUGCUUCCUGUGGAGGCCUCAGCUGGCCAUCUUGUGUCAAAUGAGACCAUGGUCAUUAUCGGGAGGUCUGGAAAAGAUGGAGAGAGAGAAGCCCCUCUUUUGACUGUGUUUGCCAAUGGACAGAGAAAAGGAAAUACAACUUCCCGUGCUUUUUUUUUUUAUCUCAGCUUGCCUGGACACCUGCACCCACUUCUUCCUCCUGAAAGUGCACACAUGGCCUUCAAGACUGGAGGCUCCACUAGAUACCACUCGAAUGGACAGCAGCUACAAUUAAUGCGGCACCAUUAUCUUGUCUUAAACUCGUCUGCCUGAGGUUUCAAUUUGUGGCGCUGUCUUGUAUUUGUGUAUUCCAUCCAUUCAAAUAGAAACAAUGAACCCCAAAGUGAACAAAAUCUGACUUUAUUCAUAGAACAUGCCUGUUCAUCAAUGUGCACAGAAGCCUUCCGUAUGGAACACGUUUCUGAGAUGGGCUACAGCCGUCCUUUGCUCUUUCGUUAUACCACCAAAUGUUGACAGGAUACAGUGGAAAACAAAAGCGUUUGCCCCCUUCCUGAUUUCUUUUGUCACACUUCACAGAUCAUCGAACACAUUUAAAUAUUAGUCAAUGACAACAAAACUGAAUACAAAAUGCAAUUUUGAAAUAAAACUUACACCUGCACAGAUGAGUGGCUUAGGGGGCAAUCACUUUUUCAUACCGCUGUACAUGAUUUUCUCACUAAUAAGUAAUACCAGUGAAUGCAGUAAGAAAAGAAUAUUUCAAAAAUGUACACGUUUAUGUAUUUAAUAUUAAAUAUCUGGCAUGUGAUUCUGAUGAUUGAAAAGAUUGUGAUGUAUGAGCAAAUCCCGUCUUUAUUUUACCUGUUUCAAGUCUCUAACACAAUGCACUUUUUUUUAUCAUAUACUUCUAGUGUGAUCAUGGUGUGUUAAUAUGUUGAUAACAAUGUACUUAUUUAAUAAUUGUACAUCCUGAUUUGAAA